CGAUCUGCAGCACCUCAGCAGCAGCAGCACGUGUCGGUGUGUCUUUAUGGCCCCGUGUGGGCGCGUGCCGGGGCUGAUCGUGCACCUCUCGUGCUCUCUGCCCUCCAGCAGCUCGGAUGUGAUCGUCACACUGAGGUUUCCCCCCCUGCUGCAUGCGUAACAGCUCUCCCAACCAAGUCCUCGCCGUUUGGAUUUCAGCUCCUGUGCGCGACACAAACCGCGUUUUCACCCCGAAAACCAGCCCUGGGAUUUCCUCUCAUUUCACAUCUGACGGAUUUUCGUCUUUUCUCUUGGGUGGAGUCAGCCCGGAAUCCUCCAAAUUGGAAGCGCGUUAGCACGUUUCAGGUUACAGGAGCACCAUGAAGGACGGUAUCACCAACAACAGCACAGCUAGCAUCUCACAAGCCAGGAAAGCUGUGGAGCAGCUGAAGAUGGAGGCCUGCAUGGACAGAAUAAAGGUGUCCAAAGCGGCCGCAGACCUGAUGGCGUACUGUGAAGCCCACAUACGCGAGGACCCGCUCAUCAUACCCGUCCCCGCCUCAGAGAACCCUUUUCGGGAGAAGAAGUUCUUCUGCACCAUCCUCUGAUGAGCUGCUGGUAGAGAUGUGCACAUGCAGACUUGGCUUAGCAGGGCUCCUCUCUCUUCACCACACCUGAAGCUACUGGGUGUCGGCGUUUUUCCAGGUGGACACUGUAGUUGGUCGACUCUGUCUGGGUGGUUGAGAGUUUUUUUUGGGGGGGGGGGGGGGGGUCGGCUACCAAACCGGCAACCCAGUGAGCGUAUCAUGUCAUGUUAAAUAGGUUUGUUAUUGCUUUGUUAUUAGAGAACAGCCUUGCUCAGCGCUUAAUGAGAUGAGAGAUGUUUUUAUGUUUUCUUUUAUCGUGCUCGUUCUUACACGCCUCAGGAAACAGGAAUUUGCCCAGUGUCUACUACUUUUUAAACUUUUACUCCCUCCCC